GGAACUGGAAACUGAUAUAAUCGUCCUAUUUUCACAACUCGUAGUCCAUCUGGUGGAACAGGGGUUACUUCCGAACACCGGGCAGAAGUGAUUUCGGAACCGAGGUGGAUUUGCACUGCGGAUAUUAACCGUAGAUCACUUUCUCAAUUGUGCAAAAAAAAUGUCCAUGGAUGAUGAUUACUAUUUUCAGUACAAAGGCUGUAACUUUGUUGCAUCUAUCUACAAAAAAGACUACUUGGAGCAACUGGAACAUAUUGAAAUACGGGAUUCGGAUGUCUUCAUUAUGACAUACCCUAAAUCUGGUACCAUAUGGAUGCAACAUAUAAUGAGUUUAAUUUAUUCUGAUGGUGAUAUAGCUGCUGUAGAGAGUAAACCAGCACUGGCACGUGUUCCUUGGAUUGAAGUGCACAGCACAAAUUUUUCAGCACGCCCAUCGCCUCGACUGAAUGCCAGUCAUUUGCCCUACCAUCUAGUUCCUAAAGCUUUGAAGGAAAAGAAAGGAAAAGUUAUCUAUGUUGCACGGAAUCCUAAGGAUGUCCUGGUCUCUUCUUAUUAUUUCCAUAUCCAUUUUGCCCUGUAUGAAUCACCAAAGGAUUUUCAAGACUUCUUUGAAAAAUUCAUUGAUGGUAGAGUGGAAUUCAGCUCCUGGUUUGACCACAUCAGGGACUGGUAUGUUCACAAGGAUGAGUUCAAUUUCUUGUUCCUAACCUAUGAGGAGUUGCAGAAGGAUCUUGCAGCAUCAGUACAAAAAAUUUGCAACUUUGUUGGAAGGCAAUUGGAUGCUGAAAAACUUGACAGCGUGAUAAAAAACAGCACGUUUGAUAAAAUGAAAAAGAAUCCAAUGGCUAACUAUGAAGGAAUUCCCACAAAAUGCUCAGGGGGAUCAUUUCUUCGUAAAGGGACAGUUGGUGACUGGAAAAAUCACUUCACAGUAGCUCAAUCUGAGAUGUUUGACAAAAUUUUCCAAGAGAGAAUGAAGGAUGUGGCAUUGGAGUUCAUCUGGGAUAAAGAAUAAGUUAAAAAAAAAAGGAUAAGAAUAAGUAAAAGGCAAUAACUUGUAGAAUGCGAUGUUCCAGAAAUAAUAGAAAAUAUUUUCAGCCCAUACUUAAGCUUACCUUUAAGCAGGUUAUGGUGAAUUUAUAGACGUUAAACUAAUGAAUAUCUAUACCACUCAAUGUAUGAAGGGUUGUGUACAUGUAUGUACCAGCUGUUUUACUGUUAACCAUAAAAACAUUUGGUCCUGUGAAUUGGAAAGAAAAUUUGACAGUUGGGACAUCUUUCCUUCUAUGGUUGGAGAAUACCCUUUACUUUCAAAUACGGGACACAAAUAUUUAAUGAGGCAGAAACCCAUCAACCAUAUUCAAAAUGACUUAAAAUUAAAUAUUUCCUUGGACAAAAAUACAAAUGUUUAAUCUAAGUUCAUGUGAGCCGAGGAAUGAUGUCAGUGAUUCUUUAGUCUAACCUCAGUCUGGAUGUGGAUAGUUCCUAAUAAAGAUUCUUUCAGGUUUUAUUUUUCCAUGAAAGGUUGUAUAUAUUAAGCUGUAAGAUUCAAGUAUGAUUUACCAAAAGACACUUGCAUAUCAUAUUUCAUUCCGAACGUAGAAACAGCUUGAUUAUUGAUGGUGCUGGUAUACUAUGCUGCACAAGAGUCUUUUACCUUCACUUCUAAACCUCUUCAACAUAUUUUCCUAUUCCUUUUUAUUCCUUGUGUUAGAUGUGUUAAAUAUUAUUGACAUUUGCCUCAAAUAUUUCAUGUGGUAGUAAGCCCCGAGGUUAGUACUGACCCACAAUCAGUUCACUUAUCAGUUUCCUGUGGAAUAGUAGCUAUUAUUAUUUUGUCAGUGUCGGUAUAUUUUUGUUUUACUAGCAUUGAAUUGUACGUCCUGUAGCUGUAGACUGGGGAUAGAUAUCAAUUCCUUGAAACUAGGACAUUGAUCUCAAGUACUCCAAAGUGGAUGAUAUUGAGUUUCUAGAAUAUGGUGUGGCUAUAUCCAUUUGGUUAUGUAUUGACUAUUCAGUUAAGUGAUGAGUAUACUGUUGCACUAAACUUUAUUGAUGGGAUUUUGAGGGAGAGAGAGCAUCUAUUGCACAGGCACAGUACUGAUAAUUUUCUGAUAUUGAAAUCUAUAGAUCCUGAUAAAUGGGGAUCCUGACUCUGUGUAGUGAAGAAGUGAUGGUUAAGCACUUGCAUUUUGGAAAUAAUCAUUUAACUAGAACUUAAUUAUUACCUUACAUAGGUUAACUGAAGCCUGGAUGUUGUUCUGGUUCUGUUGUAGGCUGGGCUAAGCUGUUUCACCCUGGAAGUUGAGGAAGUUGGUGAAUAAUACCUUACUAGAAAGUUGAUCUUGACCUUGUGAUGGAAUAAAUGAAAUUGAUUCAACUAUUGAGUACACACUGAGAAUCUUUGUCUGUUUAUUUUCCCAAGGCACUUGCUGCCCCAAUUGGUUUCCAAAGGCUGUUUAUAGGGUUGCAUUUUUACAUCUGGGAAAGAAAGCAAAUGAGACGGAUAAUGUGAUUAAAUGCAAGUUAUGCCUUUGAAAUUACAGUAUCGGUUAAUGAACAAGACUCAUUUUUCAUGUAAAUAAUUGUUUUCUAUAUUUUAAGGGAAAUAGCCAUUCAGUUUUUUUAUUGUGGUUUACUCUGAUUAAAUGAAAAAUGCACACUUUUAUAGCAUGUAUAAACUAAAUUGUAUUUUAAUGUUAACACAUGGUUUUAUCUUGAUUGUAAUUGAUUAAAAUUAGAUGGUGUAUUGGAUAUGCUGAUGCUAGGAAAUAAAUCUGAUUAAUCAU